GGCCCGUCGCGGAAGGCGGCGCCCAAGGCGAAGCAGGGGCAGCGCUGGUGGGACCACACCGAGCAGCCGGCGAACCUCGGGGCCGGCCGCGCAACCGCCCGCACCCGUCGCGGCUCAAGAGACGGGGCUCCACGCAAGCGGGGGUCCGUCAGAGCGCCCGUUCUUGCAGCAUCCUGCGGGGCCAGGGGCGCACUCCCGCGGGCUUGGGGUGCAUGA